AUCAAAAAAGUCACUGGAUCAUUCACCUAAGCACUGGGCUUCUAAUCCUGUAACAUUUUGUGGAUCCUUGGGCAUUUUCAGUCAGAGGCUUAAUAUAACUCCUUUUGGAUUUAUUCUGUAGUUUCUUUUCCUUUUUUUUUGCAGCUUGGUAAAUGAGUAUGGAAGAUUAUGACUUUCUCUUCAAAAUAGUUUUGAUCGGGAACGCUGGUGUGGGGAAGACCUGCUUAGUUCGACGGUUUACACAGGGACUUUUUCCACCAGGGCAAGGAGCCACCAUUGGGGUUGACUUUAUGAUUAAGACGGUAGAGAUAAAUGGUGAGAAACUGCAGAUCUGGGACACAGCAGGGCAAGAAAGAUUCCGGUCCAUUACGCAGAGCUAUUAUCGCAGUGCCAACGCAUUAAUCCUGACCUAUGACAUCACUUGUGAAGAAUCAUUCCGAUGCCUCCCCGAAUGGCUACGGGAAAUCGAGCAAUAUGCCAGCAAUAAGGUCAUAACUGUCCUAGUAGGAAACAAGAUUGAUUUAUCCGAUAAGCGAGAAGUCUCCCAACAAAGAGCCGAAGAAUUUUCCAGAGCCCAAGAUAUGUACUAUCUGGAGACGUCCGCAAAAGAAUCCGAUAAUGUGGAAAAACUCUUUUUGGACUUAGCGUGUCGGCUGAUCAGCGAAGCGAGGCAGAACACCCUUGUGAACAAUGUGGAGUCCCCCUCACCUGGCGAAGGGAAGAGUAUCAGCUAUUUGACUUGUUGUAAUUUUAACUGAUAGCAUUUGAACCCCGAGAGUUAUGACUUCUUAAGGCCUCUCUCCAGAGGCAAACGCUGCCACCGUGACCCAGUCUGACUGGUAGAGAUAGUCAGAUGCCCGAUCAUGAAGCAUGGCAGGCUGGCCAUUCGCCUGCAGGGUCAGCGUAGAAUAUAAUCUUUUCUUUUUUCUUUUUAACACAUCCCCCCCACCCUGGAGCCCUGUAAUACGGAGGAGAUUAGGAUUCAAAAAGGUGCUAGGUAGCGGCUGGUCAGGUCGUGGUUUCACUUCUUGGAAGCAUCUGGGAACCUUCCCUUGGAAAGGCAGGAUGGAUUUUGCUUGCAGAAGAUGUCUUGGAUCUUUGAAUAAGGAAAUUGAAAGGCACAUUAGGCAGCUGCUCUGGGUUGUCAGCGAAGCAAACGCUUGUACAUAAACGAUGACCCAGAGUGCCAUUUUUUUACGGCACAACUCCACCAAGUGUGCGCGCGUUACGUCGUUUUUGGAAAAAACUAAGUAUUAAUGUAUCCGUGCAUUAACGUGGAAUUUAAAAAUGGGUAUGCCAGCAGUUUGCAAUCAGCAGGGGGUGAGGUUGGAUGGCUGCCGUUUGGUUCUAAGGAGUUCAGUGAACUAUUCUAAAUUUCAGCGGUGGUCGGCUCACUCUGUUCUCCACAGACGGAAGGUAGGUUUGCUGAUAAGUACUGAUUGUAAAUAUAGCAGCUUUUUGGUUGAUUCACGCCAGCAUGGCACUGUUCAUUCUGACCAGAUACCUGUUACGCGGAUGGAGAAGUUGGCCACAAGUAUCUCUGCACAUCUGAUCAACUAAGUGUUCCAAACUUUGCAACUCAGCUCAGCAUUUUCUACUGUCUUGCCAUAUGGUGGGGCUUCCAACCCCUUUUUGUUUCUUGCAGAAAUGACCUAGUUAAGUAUUGUUAAUACUGCCCCCCACCCCCAAGGGACUUAGCAAAAAUAGUUCCUUUGUGGGAAAUGCUGGAUACUGGAAAUCUGGACUGCAGAUACGGUUAUUUGUUUGAGAGAAUACUGUAGCACUGAGACUGGGGCUAUACCCAUGCACAAAUGGAAUCUGUGGAAUGCUUUGCUGUUGACGCAUUUGAGGAACUUGAAGCAAGCGUCAGAUGCUUGGCCUAGGAAGGUCUCAAAGUCCCUCUAGAAAAGAGCCAUUCAACAUAGCAGGUAGCCCCUAACGGCUGAAUCCUGGGAAUGCUCUUAAUUAGAACAAUAGCACCAUGUCUGGAAAUAGUUCUCUUAUUGGAAAGGGUGUGCACAAUUUCAAAGGGUUUUUAUAUGCUUAGGGGGGGAAACGUAGCGUGUUCUAAAUCCAUUACAGAGCUUUAUUGAGGCUGUGAUCAUCUUGCAAAGCGUGUAGGUCUAAGAAGCAAUUUAAAAGGCAGAAACAAGCCCACUUCUCACAUAGUCACUUGAAGGUUUGUCUGUCUGCUGUACUUGGGCUUAAAUGUGUGUGUGCUCGCGCGUGUGUUUGUGUGUGUGUGUGUGGUUUAGGCAAUACCCUUGAACCAAAGCCUCAGCGUUGGAAGGACUAUACACAAUGUCCUACCUUCAUCUCCAUCCUUGGAGACCUCUGAGAUGAACGCAUUGGAUUUUGCAAAUUCAACACUAAAUGUCGAAUCGAAGGAGCAGAUGCAGAUUCCUCAGAUAUUGGUGCUCACUUGUUUACCUUGAAGAAACAGAUGAACUGUCUGGAUGGCUAUGGACUCACAACAGAUUCCAAGUUUAGUAUUAUAUGGCUGGUUGCUCACUUAAUUGGGUAGCGAAUAGGUUUCGGUAUGGCAUGAAAUGGAGGGGAUGCCAGUGCACACAUCUUGAGCAGCCUCCAGUGGAAGCAGUGGUAUCUUAAAUUCAAGAGGGCCAGCUAGCACAGGAAGUUUGGGGGUGGCGUUGUGCUCAAACCUUGACCAAUGGUCCCCUUUUGCAUUAAAAUAAAGCUGCUAAAAUUUUAGCCUUUUUGAGAAUAAAGCUGACAUUUUAAAAUGUG